AACAGAAGGGAGAGGACAGCAGGACAGAUCAGUCUCCCAACACCUGCACCUGGUCUCUUGGUUCUCAUUCAGGUCCAAACCGAAAGGUUCCGAGGACCAACAUCCAGACCUCAUCCCGCGGAUGAACGUCCGGAUUUAAACUUUUACAGACAGCUUUUGGGAAUUUGAUUCUUUUUUGUUUCCCCCAGGAAUGUGUCUAGUUAAAAGCAACUGAUCAGACUUUUUUUUUUUUUAAUCUCAGAGGAUUUUUUUUUUUUGUAAACCUAUUGGAUUAUUAUUAUUAUCAUUCGUUCCUGCGUAAAAAGCGCAAAGAGGGUCCGACUCCGAGGUGCCAAACGCGGGGAAUGCAGCAGUAAUCCCGCAAGUUUGAGGCUUUGUUUCUUCUUCUCAGAGACACAGCAGCAGCAAGAGAAAAGCAGAAGUCAGAGAUUUAGAUCUCUGUGGGCUACCUGCAUGACUGUUACCAUGACAGCACCAGGAGCCCGACUCCUCCUGUUGGCCCUCUGUGUUUACAGAGGCUUGGGCUUGCAGCAGUUUGCACCGCGGGUUCGCCUCUCCUUCAAAGAACUCAUGGACACAAAAGCAGCCCGGCCCUUCAGUUUCUCCUUCAACACCAGCGACUACCGCAUCCUCCUGAUGGAUCAGGAUCAGGGCCGCCUGUACCUGGGCAGCCGGGAGUACCUGGUGGCUCUGGACAUGCACAACGUCAACAAGGAGCCACUCAUAAUCCACUGGCCAGCCUCUGCCAAGAGAAAGGGAGAAUGUCAGAUGACAGGAAAGGGUAAACAGGGUGAGUGUGCCAACUUUGUGCGUUUGAUUGAGCCGUGGAACCGCACCCAUCUCUACACCUGUGGAACGGGGGCGUAUCAACCCAUCUGCACGUUCGUCAACCGAGGCUGGAGGGCGGAGGACUACUUGUUUAGACUGGUCUCUGGGUUUGUGGAUUCAGGGAAGGGAAAGUGUUCCUAUGAUCCCAAACAGGAAAACGUUGCAGUUCUGAUCAAUGAUAACCUGUAUGCAGGUGUACAUAUUGACUUCAUGAGCACAGAUGCUGCUCUGUUCAGGACCAUGGGAGGGAGGCCAGCCAUCAGGACGGAGCAGUAUGACUCCAGGUGGCUGAACGAGCCUGUGUUUAUUCAGAUCCAGCAGAUCCCUGACAGUGCAGAAAAGAACGAUGACAAACUUUACUUCUUCUUCCGUGAGAAGAGUUUAGAAACUCCUGGUGGGGCGAGCCCCACGGUUUUUGCCAGGGUGGGACGAGUGUGUCUGAACGACGAAGGAGGACAGAAAUCUCUGGUGAAUCGCUGGACGACGUUCCUGAAGGCUCGUCUCAUCUGCUCCGUGAUAGGAGCUGACGGCGUCGAGACGCCGUUCGAUGAACUAAGGGAUGUUUUUAUCCAGCCAACACAAGACGAGCGAAACCCCAUGGUGUACGCUCUCUUCACCACGGCGGGCUCUGUGUUCAAGGGCUCAGCAGUCUGCGUGUACUCCAUGGCUGACAUUCGCAACGUCUUCAAUGGACCGUUUGCCCACAAACAUGGCCAUAACUACCAGUGGACGGAGUAUACUGGCAAGAUUCCUUAUCCGAGGCCAGGAACUUGUCCAGGAGGAACCUUCACUCCUGGCAUCCGGUCCUCCAAGAACUUCUCAGAUGAAGCUGUGAACUUCAUCCGAGCCCAUCCCCUCAUGUUUCAUCCAGUUUAUCCUAUCCACCGUCGCCCCCUGGUGGUGAGAACCGGCGUGGACUACAGGUACACCGCGCUGGUGGUGGAUCAGGUGGACGCUGUGGACGGGCGUUAUGAAGUGCUGUUUCUGGGCACAGACCGAGGCACUGUGCAAAAAGUCAUUGUUUUGCCCAAAGACCCAACAAGCAUGGAAGAACUGACCCUUGAGGAGGUGGAAGUUUUUCGGACCAGAGCUUCAGUCAAAACAAUGAAGCUUUCGUCUAAAAGACAACAGCUGUACGUGUCAUCAGACGCUGGGCUGACCCAGGUGUCGCUGCACCGCUGCGGCGUGUACGGCAGGGCCUGUUCGGACUGCUGCCUGGCACGGGACCCCUACUGCGCCUGGGAUGGAGAGAGCUGCUCUGCUUUCACCCCAACAACCAAACGGAGGAGCAGAAGACAGGACGUUAAACAUGGUGAUCCGUUGAGACAGUGCAGAGGGUUCAAUGCCAAAGUGGAGAAACGCUUAAGAGAGACAAUGCAGUUUGGGGUGGAGGGCAGCAGCACCUUCUUGGAGUGUCAGCCUCGCUCCCCUCAAGCCACCGUCAAGUGGCUCUUCCAGAGGGAGGGAAAGAGGAAAGUGCUAAAUCGUGCCGGAGGAGUCCUGAAGACCAACCACGGUGUCCUUUUGAAGUCUCUCAACCAGUCAGACGCCGGGCUCUACCACUGCCUCGCCACCGAGAACAACUUCAAACACACGGUGGCCCGCGUGGCACUGCGCAUCCUCGAUCGAGACAUCGUUUUAGCCCUCACCUCUCGAGACGAGGAGGAGGAGCCAAAAAGUCGCCAAACGGAGCCUUUCCCGCAGUCGCCCUUCACUUCCACCCCCUUCCCUCCUGAGAUCAGACUUAUUAACCAGUACUGCCAGUCCUACUGGGACCAAGUCAACCCCAAACAGCAGCAGAGGAAGCGCACAAGCCGCAGACAUACAGAGAGCCAGGACCAAGGCCUUGGUUAGAGGACGUGAACUUUA